AUGAGCAAAAUGUCGAAGAAUAAAUUAAAUUUGACCCUACCACCGGGGUCUAUAGACACAGCUCCGGCAGUAACUCCGUCUAAUAUGACUCCCCAGCUGAAAUCUGCAACAGCUUCAGAGAGGCAAGGCCUAGCUGGGAAGUCAAAGACUAGUAUUGAAGCUUUGACUGAGAGAUUGGAGCAAAUAGAGAUGGAUGACACACAAAGGAGAAGAAUAGAAGUAUUUUUAUGUCAGAAAGAAAAGAUCGGAGAGCUAAGUGAUGAUGACUUCGAGAAACUUGGCGAACUGGGUCAAGGAAAUGGUGGUGUGGUGAUGAAAGUACGUCACAAAUCAACUGGUCUUAUCAUGGCUCGGAAGCUUAUACAUCUGGAAGUAAAGCCAGCCAUAAAAAAGCAAAUUAUAAGAGAGCUGAAAGUUUUGCAUGAGUGUAAUUUUGCACACAUUGUGGGUUUUUAUGGAGCAUUCUAUAGUGAUGGUGAAAUUUCUAUAUGCAUGGAAUAUAUGGAUGGUGGAUCACUGGAUUUAAUUUUGAAGAAGGCUGGUAGGAUUCCUGAAUCUGUAUUAGGAACAAUAACAUCAGCAGUUCUCAAAGGUCUGAGUUAUUUGCGAGACAAACAUGCAAUUAUGCACAGAGAUGUGAAGCCGUCCAAUAUUUUGGUGAACAGUAAUGGUGAGAUCAAGAUUUGCGAUUUUGGUGUCUCUGGGCAGCUUAUUGAUUCUAUGGCCAACUCAUUUGUCGGCACUAGGAGUUAUAUGUCUCCUGAACGUCUUCAAGGCACGCAUUAUUCGGUUCAAUCAGACAUAUGGUCCCUGGGACUGUCCCUUGUGGAGAUGGCAAUAGGCAUGUACCCCAUACCCCCGCCUGAUGCUAAAACACUGGCUUCUAUAUUUGGAGGACAGAAUGAAGAUCAUUCACCUGGACAGGCACCUAAUUCCCCUAGACCAAUGGCUAUAUUUGAACUACUGGACUAUAUAGUGAAUGAGCCGCCACCCAAGUUGCCCACUGGAGUGUUUUCUGAUGAGUUCACAGACUUUGUAGAUCGCUGUCUCAAAAAGAACCCCGAUGAGCGCGCUGACCUUAAGACGCUUAUGAAUCACGGCUGGAUCCGUUCGGCGGACGCGGAACGCGUGGACAUAGCGGGAUGGGUCUGCAAGACUAUGGAUCUGAUGCCCUCCACGCCCAAUUCCAAUGUGUCUCCUUUUUCUUCAUAA